GGGUUGGGAUUCCUGCUAUGUGCUGCUGUCUCGUGGGCGCUGAGUCCUUGCAUGGGGUUCCCAUCAGGCACGGGGCCGCGCCUGCCACUUCUGCACAUCGUUGACUCGUCGUCGACCAGACACACCAGACCAGACCAGACGCACCUUGGGGCCCGGCUCCGUGUCCAUCGCUUUGCUGUCUUCCAAGCGUGUCAGCCCUCCGCAUGCCCGUCAUCGCCGCCUCGCUCCCUGGACUGGACUGUGCCCACCGCCCUGGACCGUGUCUCGUCGGCUGGCGGCUUCCCAAGAUCGUCUCUCCUCCUCCGCCUCUCUGCUCCGUUCAGACUGGGUCCUCGUCGUGCGUCCUCGGCCGGUUCCCGAUCUUCAGGGCCUCGCCUUGUCCCUGACCCCUUCGCCCAUCCUAGCCUCUGUGGUGCCCCUCAAGCGUCCUCGGCCCCCGUAAUUGUCUUCCUUCCCAGUCGCGAUCUGCUCCGAAUCCGACUCUAUCUCGCCGGGCCCUAGGCAGUCUCUUCGGACCUUCUAGCUCUCGCCUCGUCCUUUCCCCAGCCGGAUCGCCGCCAGGCCAUGUUUAUUCCCUUCUCAUACCUCUUUGCCCAUCUCUCCCGGCUUCCAGUUGAUGUUAGCCUCUCCCGUAAGGCGAACACGGCCGCUUCUUGCGUGCGAGACUUGUCGACGACCGUCCUCGGCAACCUUCGCUGCCACCACUUUGCGGCAACACUCAACCCUCAGAGUUUCGUGUCGUGGAAGGCAACAUCCCACGGCACAUCCCCGUUCCACUCCUUGAGCAUUAUAUGCUUCUUCGCGACGCCCAGUCUUGCUGUAGCCAG